AUGACUACAACACCGCUUGCCAAUGGGAUUUAUCUCCGCUCAAGCCUGAAUACGGAUCUUGUCGCAGGACUUCACUCGUUGGCUGGAUUUAGCCCUGAUAUCAUCCCUUUGGGUGGAGACGCCGAUCCAGCCAACCUUGUCGCGUCCUACGAGCAGUUUAUUGCUCACGAUGUUGAUCCUGACGAUGGCUCCACUCCGGUUUACCUCAGGGGUGAAGCGGUCGUGUCCAGCGGCUCUGGACCUGUCGAGGAAACGGUGACUCUACGAGCCGUACAGAACGAGCUCAUACUUUGGCCCCAAAUCUGGGAGAACGUCAAGGGCUUCGGGAAUGCGCAACUGACCGCGUCCAGUGAUGGAGAGGUUGUGGCGGUUUCGACUCCUAUGUCAUACAGCGCAUCGCAGGGACUGGGUCGCCAUGCUACCUUCAUUGCGUCGACGACCAACACGCCCCAAGGGCUGUCGAGCAAGGUCACCAAUUGGCGCAACUUGGUCACCUACGUCGGCCAGGAAUUGUCUUUGGCAACCUACAACUGCACAUUCGCCGAUCCGACCUCUAUUGCGGUCAGUCUGGCCACAAGAUUCCGUCUCCUCGAGGAUACGGCUCAGACUGUCAACAUGGUAUUCUCCAUUGAAGCUGUAGGAACCCCCUCGAGCAACAUUGAUGUUUCGUUUUCUUGCUUUGGCGCUACGCCUGACAACAAGCCCUUCUCGUUUACUCAACAACGUGUUUCCUUAUACCCUUCCGACUCGGUUACAUUAGCGGUUGCGGUUCCGGCAAACUUUGACGGCAUGUUCAUGCUCAAUAUUUUCAACGACAAGGCUCAAGUCUUCAGCGACUAUUCUUCCAUUUCGGUAGUAGCUUACGCCGCCGACGCGCCUGGCGGGCAGCAAACAUAUGUCUUAUUGGGCGGUGAACAUGUCGUCUUCCACUCCGAUAAGCGAGUGAAGCAGCAGCUGAAGCGCCACGCCGCUAGAAAACUUAUGAAUGCUGCCGCCCACACGUAUAAUGCUGCUGCCACCACGGGCAGUGGUUAUCCGUUCUACUUCAGAGAAUCGGUAUCCGACACGGACACGUUCCCAAGAAAUGAGAAUGCAUCCCACUCGCCCGAUAUUCAACCCCUUGGACACCAAGCCGUUGCUAACAUAGACUCGGUUCUUGGAGGAUCAAACUACACCGUCGAUGUCAGCGAUCAACGGUCGAUUGUACUGGACAAGGAAAUGUCUAACUACGUGUAUCUUCGAGGCACAACUAUUCAGAGUACGUCAGGCCAGACUCGCCUUUUUGCAGUUCCGAGUGGGCUUCUCCUUCACCCAUCUAUCUACGAACAAUACUCCAUCUUGGACUACGACUCGAACGGAGAUUCUACAGGGCCUGAGUUCCAACCAUAUAAUACUUCUGGGGGAGCCAAGCCCGUGGUUAUUGAGAAGCCGUUCAACUGCGUCAACCUGCCCCCGCUUCCCUCCGGAAGUGACCACUUCUGCCUUAUUGCAGAGUGCAUGCCUGACGGGUUCGACCCGUCGACAGGCAUGCCGUACGUGUGGCCACACCAGGAGUCCGGAGAGUUCGCGACGGGCGCAGAAUUUAACUCGUGGGUCCUGAGCACCCCUUACGUCGCGUGGAGGAAUAUUUGUUACACGACAAGCCCGGAUGCAGCCACUCAGGUCUUACGUAGCAGUGUCACAAUUCCUCAGGGCUUCAGUUCAACUGACACCUGGACAAUUCAAGUCAACGCGAUUAACUGUCCGAUUGGCUCUGCGGUCUCGAUGGAUUCUGACGAUCCUGAUGUCUCAUACGGUAAGACGACGAUUACAAGCUCUAACAGCUCCGGUGGCCCCGUGAUCACAGGCAAGGCAGCGGGCUGGAAUUGUCAGCUCGCCAUUAGCUGGUAUUCGAACGGCAAGGCGAUACAAGAUGGUCAGCGGAUUGAUGCUAACCUCAUCUGGAGGACAUACUUUUCAUCCAUGGUGAGGCACGCAUACAAAACUGCUGGAAAGCCUUCCGGUCCUCUUCAGAUCAAGGUUGGAGAAAACUAUCCGAACGUCGACGCAUCUGUUUCAUCAGCACCACGAAAGCGUGGGGUGGCUGGCAAGCCCGAAGUCCCGAAGAUCGGCGGUGCAUGGCGUCGUCGUCCUCUUGGAAGCUCGUAUUUCAUGCAAGCUGGUGUCCUCGUCGAUUAUGUCAUCGGCGUUGACUCCCUUGCCUGUAACCCAGCCUAA